UGAAGGAGCGAUUUCAAAAUAGCUGAAGGGAAAAAUUGACAAAUCGUUCGAUAAGUAGGAAUUAGUGUGAAUCUCGUAUUGUAUACCUUAAAAAAAACCUUAAAAUGGAUACGUCUAAUAUGUCAUCGUCCAGUUACUCAUUUUACAAACCAUCGUUCCACUAUAUCGAAGGCAGGACGCCUGUAUACUAUGGAAGCGUAAAAAUGAUUCUUCAAGAGAUUGAGAAAAUCAGUAAGGAAGUUAAUGGCAAUAUGAAGGCGCUUCAAGAAAAGAUUGAGAUCUCGACGAAACUUAUUAAUGCAAUUUACAAUGACGAGUCCAGGGAUAAGAAAUAAUUUCCUUCUGACUCGGUCCACUCUGUGUCAGUUCAUAAACGCACGAAAAACGGCGUUAAAUAUGGAAAUCUAAGAUGACCUGGUGGGCGGAACGAGGGAGCUAAGAAGCAGGAGCCUCGUGUUGUGGAAUGGACGAUGUUUAUUCGGAGUAGAAUUAAGAGGAGCAGUUGGGAUCGACAACGAUGAACAUGGGAGGCUGCUGUUUAGUUAAAGGAUUUUGAACCGAGAUGUUCAGGAGUUGAGAAUAUGCCAUCGGAGAUUAAUUCUACCAAUGCGCCGUCGGAGCAUGGAAUGGGAGAAAAUUCUGAGCUCAGAGAUGGCAUAGCUGGAGAAAGCUUUGAAAAUGGAGAAUCCUCAGGUGCGUCAAAGAAUUCGGAAGUGGAAAUAACAAUUAACGAAGGAAAAUCUAAGAAAAGUUUUACGAAUGGAGAAUUGAGGAUAUCUAAAAGUCAGUUGGGUCUGGUAGAGGAGAAUCUUGAGGAACGUGACAGGCAUACAAGAGAUAUCGUAGAAUCUCUGGAGCUUUUAGCACAUGGUACGAAGGCAUCCAGAGAAAGUGGAACGGUGGAACAGAAUGGACUUCCCAUAUCUUUGACAGUGGAUGCAAAGGGUGACCCGUUUCUAUCGUCAUUGCCUUCGACAUCUCAGAUUAUGGAUAAUGAUGUCGGUGCUGGUACUUCCAGUAAUUUACCUACUGACGAAAUGCCCAAAGUAUCUCAGAAGAAUUUGACGAGGAAAAGAUAUUUCUUAGAAGGUAGUAUAAAUAAUUUGGAGGACGACUCAUUGACUUUUGUCGAUGCGAUUGGAUGUAAGCAGGAGUUAUCGUCAGCCUGCAAGAAUCACACGAGGAAAAAGGAGUUUUUGAAAAACAGUACUUGCUCCAGUGAUACCGGUUUAACAGAUGAUUACAGCGUCAAGCCUAUAAAGUUGCCAUCAAAGUGCAAUGACUCUACCUUUGCCCAUACCUCCAAUUCAAUAGAAGAAGCCAUGUCCUUUCCUAUGACAACUUCUGAUGCUCCUAGUACGUCGAAUCUGUCACAUGAAAAUAAUGAAACUCCUGUGGGGACAAAAAAGCCAUUCAAGCUGCCAAGUUUAACAAAUUUGCUAGAUGUGGUGCAGGCCAGAAAUAAUGAAUUAGAAAAUGCGGUGGUAUUAGCCGAAGGGUCAUCGGUAAGUUGUCUUCGUGUCGAUCAGGCUCGGAGUUUGGAGUUGGAGCCUCGUUUGAUGAAUAGCAGCGAGGAAAGCAAUUCGGAUACCGAGUCACAACGAGUUCCUGCGUCUCGAGGAGGAGCCAAAAAGAGGUCUUGCGAGCACAAUGGUGUCGUAACAAAGGAAGGCGUCGAGUAUUACCAAUUGUGGCGCAGUACAGGCGGAGUGUCGACUACGGAAUCUCUUUAUGAAACUUUAUAUCCAAAUCCUCCACCUUUGCCUCCCAGGGCAGCACAUCGACCACUUCACAGGACCAACGCGUUACCGACUAUGCCUCCGGAGAUACCUAAAAGACAUCCUCACAAACGUGCGCCAUUUCAUCCAGAGGAUUGCUUUGGUUUUGAGAUCGUGGAUGUUGACGAGGCCUCUAAUACAAAGACUCGAACAGCCGUUACCAAAAGCAUCGACUUAUUAAGCUCUCCGAGACCGCAUAGGCCAUUGGUGCGACCAGAAGUUGGAACAAGCGGUCAAGUCGAGUGUCCUCCAACGCCUACCCAUCGCCCGAAACCACUGAGACCUCUACCCAUGUGUCCUACGUCGAAUGCAUCGUUACCCUUUGAAGAACCAUUACCUCCAAUGUGGGAAGCCCGAAUCGAUAGCCACGGAAGAGUAUUUUACAUAGACCAUGUAAACCGGACCACCACCUGGCAACGACCUGGAGUGGCAACUCGAAACGUGGGCUGUGACUUACGUAGACAACAACUGGACAGACGUUAUCAGAGCGUUCGACGCACCAUAUCGCGCCCUGACAAUAUAGACCGCGAACUCGGCGCGUCCAACUCUGCUUCCACCCAAGUUGAGAACGGCGGAAGGCCCGCCGAUAGAUCCGAUCGUAGCAACUCGGAACCCUUUGACAUCACCACCACGCCACCGGUUCUUUUUCUCACAAGACCCGAUUUUUUUACCGUGCUGCACACCAACUCCGAAGCGAUGGAACUUUACAAUCGGAAGCCUAACCUCAAACACAUGGUCGGCAGGAUUCGCAGGGAUCCCACGGUAUUUCCACGGUAUGAGCACAAUCGCGACCUGGUGGCAUUGAUCAAUUUUUUCGCCGAUCCGUCCAAGGAACUGCCGAGGGGUUACGAAGCAAAGCACGAUCGUACCGGCAAGAGGUUCUUCAUAAGCCAUCGGAGAAAGGCUACGUCCUUUAUCGAUCCGAGAUUGAGUACGGAGGCUGCACAUCCUCGAAACGUCCCCGACGAAGCCCCCGUACCUCCACCAAGAUCCCAGCAGUCCUCGGUAGCAGCCUCUCCGGACAUCCCGGUGGCGUACAACGACAAGGUGGUCGCUUUUCUGCGCCAACCCAACAUCAUGGAUAUUCUGAAGGAGAGAUAUGCCGCCCUAGGUCAGAAUAUCGCGCUCAGGGAGAAGAUUAAUACCAUCAGAGUGGAGGGCUCCACCGCCCUGCAAAGAUUGGGCCACGACGUACCCCUGGCUCUGUUGUUGAGCUUGUUCGAGCAGGAGAUCAUGUCGUACAUUCCUGGGAACGUCGGUCGUUCCCCUUUAGGUAGUCCCCACGCAUCCCCUGGACUGGCCAGGGCCUCGGCUAGAGCCCCGGCACCUUACAGGAGGGAUUUCGAGGCAAAACUCAGGACCUUCUACAGGAAGAUGGAGAGCAAGGGUUAUGGGCAGGGCCCCGGGAAAUUGAAGUUGCACAUUCGAAGGGAGCACUUACUGGAGGAUGCGUUCACUCGAAUCAUGGCUGCCUCGAAAAAGGAUCUGCAGAAGGGCAAGUUGGUAGUGAUCUUCGACCACGAAGAAGGCCUUGACUACGGAGGACCCUCCAGGGAAUUCUUUUUCCACCUGUCCCGCGAGCUUUUCAAUCCUUAUUACGGCCUUUUUGAAUACUCGGCGAACGAUACUUAUACGGUCCAGGUUUCUCCGAUGUCCGCCUUUGUCGACAACUACCACGACUGGUUUAGAUUCUCCGGUCGAGUGCUAGGCUUGGUCUUGGUGCACCAGUACCUCUUGGACGCCUUUUUCACGCGGCCCUUCUACAAAGCACUGUUGAGGAUCCCAGCGAGCCUCAGCGACCUGGAAAGCCUCGAUCAGGAGUUCCAUCAGAGCCUGAUGUGGAUCAAAGAAAGAGACAUCGGCACCGAACCUUUGGAGUUAACCUUCUCCGUGACCGAGGAGCUCCUGGGUCGCGUCGCCGAGAGGGAACUCAAGCCUGGUGGCAGAAACAUUCUGGUCAGCGAGAAGAACAAAAUGGAAUACAUCGACAGGGUGGUUCGCUGGAGGCUGGAACGUGGGGUGGCGGAGCAGACCGAGUCUUUGGUCAGGGGCUUCUACGAAGUGGUGGAUCCGCGUCUAGUGUCGGUGUUCGAUGCUCGCGAGCUGGAGUUGGUGAUAGCCGGCGCCGCUGAGAUCGAUUUGAACGACUGGCGGGCUCACACCGAGUACCGGAGUGGUUACCACGAUGCACAUCCGGUAGUGGAGUGGUUCUGGAGCAGUAUCAGUCGGUUCACCAAUGAACAGAGGCUGCGGCUUUUGCAGUUUGUUACUGGCACGUCGAGCAUCCCCUACGAGGGCUUUGCUGCGCUUCGAGGAUCCACCGGGCCCAGGAAGUUCUGUAUCGAGAAGUGGGGCAGGCCUAACAGUUUGCCCAGGGCUCAUACGUGUUUCAAUCGUCUGGACCUACCACCAUACCCCACACCUGAGAUUUUGUACGAGAAAUUACUUCUAGCUGUCGAGGAGACGAACACAUUUGGUAUCGAGUAACGCAGUCACCAGCGAUCCUGCCCUCGGUGGGAUGCGAGGAGUCCGCGGUUAGUUAGUUUCUUUUCCUUCGAUCGAUCCCCAAGGAUUGCCGAGAACAGUGAAAAUGUAUUAAAAUGUAUAUAUCGUGAGCUAGGCUGCGAGAACUCACGUGUUGUCGCGCGCACAACCGCGAUUCGAAGCGUUUCAUGCUGCGAUGGAACAGGAAAAAGUGACAGGGACGUAUUCCUCUCCGAACGGUUACGACUGUCGAGCUGUUAAAACAGCAACUCGGACGUAACCUAUCUAACUCCAGAAACGUUAUAUCGUUCUUUGCUUUAGGUAACUGAACAUAUUUUUAUUUAUUUAUUCGCGACAGUUGAUACCUUAUUCCGAGCAUGAGGAAGUCUAACGGCAAUUAUUAGAUUCUGAAUCAGGCAAGUUGUCCGAAAUGGAGAAUUUCUUUCGUGCUAAAAACGUAACAAAUACUCACGACUAACGGCUUAUCAAUUCUGCGAUUGUUUCUAACACCGUUAAGUUGUCACCGUGUCGCUUUUUAUUUCUCUUUUUUGAUAGGUAAAGCUAACUUAUUCGUUCUUUGCUAUAGGUAAUCGUGGACGUUUAACUUAUUUACAGUUCGAUAAUGAACACUUUGUUCCAAGUAUUGGAUCCUGGAUCGGACAAACCGUUCGAUACACGGUUUUUCUGCGCUCAAAGUGUUAAAAGUAUAAGAAGUGCUUACGACUAAUGGCCUGUCAUCGCUGUGAUCGCUUCUAACACCAUUAAGUCGUUGCCACGUCCCUUUUUGUUAUUCUCGUCCUUAUUGGGUAAAAUCGAGUUAUACAUGUUUCGGUGUUAAAUAGAGAGAAUCGAGCCAGCAUUCGGUGCAGGUCAUAUACACUGCAGGUACAAUGGCGAACGGUGCAGAUCAUUUUAAUUCAUUUGCGAAGGAACUACGCAGAGCGCACACGAGUUUCUAAAAUUGAACCGACUACAAGGUACCGUUUAAAGCGUAGUCAUUACAAUGCUAUUUUUUUUUUACCGAGUAACAGGCCACUCGAGUAUGAACUUCGUUAUAUCGUCGAUUACUCCAUCAUAACCCUUGUACUACAUAUCGAGGUUCUUUUUGACAGUUGCACUUGCAUGCCCGAUCGUGUAGUAGAGGAAACAGGGAAUGCCGAGUAACUCGCGUAUUUAAUUAUCGUUACCCCACAAUUUGCCACCGUUCGGUCCUCAAACUAGUCAAGUAGCCACAUAGGAACAAAACAUUUCACGAUCUAAUAUAUUACAUGGAACUAGAACCGUUAAUAUCGUAGCUGUAUCGUAUUCCAUGGAUCUACCCGUUAUUACGUUAAAGCAUCUCUUUUUUGUUAAGAAAAAUAAAGGAUGCCUUUUUGUUGUUAAAUUAAGACUGGUCGAAUCUCUGUACCAUGGUUAUAGUCUUCUUUUUCAUGGGGUAGAAAUAUCUUCUUUUUAACAAGAAAUCAUCGUUGAAUAUUACACAUCUAGCCGUUCUACAUCAGUUCUUAGUAAAGUUAAUAGUUAGUGCUCCGUUUAAGGGGAUGGGUAAUUAAUUUUAACAUUUUAAGGCACAGAGCCUUAACACGUCUAUUUUUCUAAGCGUAGGCAUUUUAUUUGAAUACAUAAUUAUUCAUAAUUUUCACAAAAGCUACGAGU